GGCUAAGCCAGAGGAUCCUUCCCUUCUGGAUGACCCCAAGAUCAAAGAGAUCGCAGCCAAGCACAACAAGACCCCAGCACAGGUUCUCAUUCGGUUCCCCAUCCAGAGGAAUGUGAUUGUGAUUCCCAAGUCUGUCACACCACAGCGCAUUGUGGAGAACUCCAAGGUGUUUGACUUUGAAUUGACUAAAGAGGAGAUGGCAACUAUUCUCAGCUUCAAUAGAAACUGGAGAGUCUGUGCGAUGAGCACGUGCAAAACUCACAAGGACUACCCUUUCAAUGCAGAAUACUGA